ACAGAAAAACGGUGGGUCGUGGUCUUCACAUGCCUUGUAGUGCGAGCCAUUCAUCUCGAGGUAGCUCACAACCUUACUGGUCAGUCUUGUGUCAUGGCCAUCCGACGCUUUAUAUGUCGCCGAGGACCAGCAGCGGAGUAUUUCUCCGAUAAUGGAACGAAUCUACGAUCGGCUAGUAAAGAGAUGCUACAACAGUUUCAGGAAAUCAAGGACGAGUGCGCAGAAGAGUUCACAAAUGCCAGAACUAAGUGGCACUUCAAUCCGCCCGCCACGCCACACAUGGGAGGCGUGUGGGAGCGUAUGGUACGAACGGUUAAAGAGGUGAUGAGUGUAUUGAACGACGGCCGCAGACUCAAUGACGAAAUUUUAUUGACUUCACUUUCCGAGGCAGAAGAUAUGAUAAACAGCCGUCCUCUUACGUUCGCCCCACAGGAAUCGUCUGUAGCAGCUCUAUCCCCAAAUAUGUUUCUACGAGGAGUAGCACCUAACGAACCACAGGAUGUUAUAACGCCGACGAAUGUGGGUCAGGCACUUCGGGACUCCUACAAACGUUCUCAACAACUGGCAGAUAACAUGUGGCGGCGCUGGAUAAAGGAGUAUAUUCCGAGUAUCAACCAAAGAAACAAAUGGUUUGGAGAAUCCAAGGCUUUGCAAAAGGGAGAUCUAGUCUACGUUGUGGAAGGUGAACGUCGCAAGGUAUGGAUACGCGGGAUCGUCGAAGAAUUAAUCGUGUCUAGCGAUGGAAGAGUACGGCAGGCCAUGGUAAGGACCAACGGCGGGCUAUUUAGACGUGCAACCGCCAACCUAGCGGUAUUGGAGAUAAAUGAGGGUAACACUGAUCCGGUGGCUGGUUCCGAACCAGGAUUACAGGUCGGGGAAUUGUUGAGUUCAACCAUGGUGGGCAAACCCACUGGGUCUGGCGGAAUGCACAAUUCUGUCAUCGCACUAGAGACAGCUCAGUGACGGUCUACCUAAUGUGUCAUUUUAUAUAGGAAGAGGCAAAAGUGCAAAUCACGUUCUUUCGAGCUCAGUCAAUGUGCGGUAAAAUAUUAUUCUAAAUUAAAACUUAUAUACUAAAAUAUCACAGAAGUAAAUCACAGAUAUAGGAAAAUUAUCACAGUUCGAUUAGUUUAUCACAGAAAUAUAUUAAUUUGUUUUUCAUGAACAGUAAGUGGAAUCGGUACUAAAAGCAGCCGAUUCAAAUACCUGAACUUGUUACAUUAUCAAG